AUGGCGAAGGGGGAAAAGGAUACCACAAAGAGGCGAGAACACAAACGAAGUAAAGAGUCAAAAGAGAAAUCCAAUAAUGACAACACGGCAGCCUCUAUAGAUGUAGAGGCGGAGAUGCAAGAAUUACUUAAAAGUGGAGUGUGGAAGGCCCUCACACAGGAAGGAACAGGGAAAACGUAUUAUUACCAUACAAAGACCAAACAAACUUGUUGGGAUCUGCGAAAGGAACUUCAAAAGCAGCGGGCCGCAGCAGCAGCAUCAGGAACAACAGCAGCAGCAGUGGAAACUAAUAUCAAUACAACCACAGAAAAAGAAAAAGAGAAGGAAAAAGAAAAGAAGAGCAGUAAAAAAUCCAAAUCAACUGAAGUGAAGGAGAAGAAAGAAAAAGAAGAAGAAAAAGUAAAAGAAGAAGAGAAAGACAAGACCGUGGAGAAUACAGAGAUCCAGGCUUCUCCUGUUACUCAUACUCUUACAGAGAAGAAAAAGAAAAAGAAGAAGAAUACUAGUAGUAAUAGUAGUAGUAGUAGUAAUAGUUCCACCCCUCAUCGACAGGAUAGUUCACUGGAUGUAUACAGAGAUCCCCUCGCCCGGUUGGUGGAGGAAACCCAACGGCUUCAACAGAUCACCGCCACUAAUAAUAAUAAUAAUAAUAAUAAUAAUAAUUAUAACUAUAAUAAUAAUAAUAAUAAUAAUUCCCACGCAAUGGCAUUAGAGUUUCAACGCUCUUACGAUGCCCUCUCACGCACCAAUCGCGCUCUCACCACACAAAUGCUCCGCAUGAAGGAAGAAUAUGAUGCCAUGGCAUUAGCAUUAAAGGAGGCACACCGAUCAUUAUAUGAAAAGGAUCGAGCUUUACGUCAACAAUCCACAAAUGUGGAAACUAUAAAUACAGAGGUGGAAACCGCCCGCACACUCGCAUCUCUGCGGGAACAAAAUCAGGAAUUAGUCCGACAAGUGGGAGAACUCAGUGUUACACUUGCACGUGGAUUUGGGGAAUUGGCUUAUCAACAUCAUAUGAUUACAUCAACAUCUCCAACAAGUAAUGCCGCUGCUGUUGAGAUGAGUCCAGAGGCAUUGGCGGCCCAUCCACUGCAGUUAAGAAGACAACAGGAGUCUCUUGGGUCUACACUGGAUCGUCUGCUUGCAAAUCCCAUUACACAGAAAAUGCUCUGUCGUUCAUGUACGGAGGAAUUGGAAAAGUUACGUCUUAGUCUUUUACCAGAAGAUGAACGAGUAGCAACAGCAACAGAAGAAGAAAAUAAUAGAACUGGUCUUCCACCAAAGAUAACAACAUCAACAACAACAUGGAGAGGUAAUCCACAACACUCACAUGAAAUGCCUUUUAAUGCGAGUGGUCCUUCAUUUAAUCGUUUCGGUAAUCCAAUGACUGCUGCUGCUGCUGCUGCUGGGGCUUAUACAAGUUCUUAUCCACCAUCUUAUUAUCCAUCCCAACAACAACCACAACAACACCAGCAGCAGCAGCAGCAGCAGGGUUAUUAUGGUUUAGAAAACACACCGGAUGGUUGGCAAUCGCAACUAAAUCCACAUCCUCAACGACGUUCUUCUAGUGACGCCUACGCGGAUCAUUUUCCAGAUUUUGCAAUGAACCGACGAUCUGAAUCACGUGUUUCUACUGUUAGUGCAACGCCUGUAUUUGGUGGAUUCCGUAUUCGUCCCGCAUCGUAA